CUUCUUGUCAUUAUUUGAAGAGACUUCCCAAGUUCGCCAGUCAUUAAGACAUAUGACCAUGUUGUUGCUGGUGACGUUGAUGGUGACGGUGUUGCUUCAGGGGACGCUGUCUAUAGAAGACAAGUAUAAAACGUUGCUUCUCAAACUCCACAACGACGCCAGGGCAAACGAAGGAGGCUCCGACAUGAAUCAGUUGGUGUGGGAUGACCAGCUUGAGAAAGAAGCAAGGGCCUGGGCCAACCGCUGUGUAUUUGAACAUCAGAUGAAAGGAAGGGGGGAGAACCUUGCCUUUAACACAAAGACGAUUCCUGAGUCGGAACUGACCAAGAUCGCCUUUAAGGGUUGGUUUGAUGAAAAGAACAUAUACUCGUACGGGCAGUACUCGUGCGGGGCAAGCUGUCAUUACACACAGCUGGUAUGGGCCACGACAAGGCGGGUUGGUUGUGCUAUGAAGCGGUGUGAAUACUUAGUUCAGGGUACCGCCAAAGCCUGGUACCUUGUAUGUUUCUACGACCCAGCAGGCAACAAGAUGGGCGUGAAGCCAUAUCAACGGGGUAGUUCGUGUAGCAAAUGUAGAGACGACCAGACUUGCAGCAACCGCCUGUGUGCAGGUGGGUCUGACCCGUGCGAGGACCUGGACGAUAACUGCGACAUGUGGGCCAACACGAUGAACCAGUGCACACAGAACAAAGAAUUCAUGAAGGAUUCGUGUGCCCGAGCUUGUAAAUUCUGCAAAGGAGGUGGUGGCGGUAAACCUACUAAAGGUGGCAGAAAACCAACUAAAGGUAACACGAAGCAGAAACCAUCAGGUGAGAACUGUGUUGACUCCGACAGACGGUGUCCCUCUUGGGCCAAAAGCGGCCACUGUACCAGAAGCGCACGUUACAUGAAAUCUACAUGUAAAAAGUCUUGCAACAUCUGUGGGGGAGGUGCGACCAAAGGAGGUAAGAAAGAGGAGAAACCUAAAACUAAGAACCCGAAGACAGAUGAAUGCCGAGACAAAGUCCGGUCUUGCAAACGAUGGGCGGGGCAAAAUCAUUGUGUAAGAAAUCCGGCCUACAUGAAGAUCAAAUGUCCCAAAUCCUGCAAUACUUGCUAUGAUGAAACUACGUGUUAUGACAAUCACGGUAACUGCCGCUCGUGGGCAGAACACGGUGAAUGUGAUCGAAACCCUGGCUGGAUGCACAAAUACUGUCAAAGAUCGUGCGGGCAGUGUGCAGAUACUUCAUCUGGGGACAGAGGAGGUAACUCUGCGUGUAGGGAUAAGAACGCCAGUUGUUCUGUAUGGGCUGGAAGAGGGGAGUGCCGGGCCAACCCGCGCUAUAUGAACAGGAAUUGCAAGAAGUCCUGCAACACGUGUUGAACACUACAUCUGACAUGAUGCACUGGACUGGAUUCAUCCACAAGUUCAGCUUUAAGACAAUUCAUUAUGAUAUUUACAUGGUACCGUCGAUAAUUCACACAUUAAACAAGAUUGAGCUUCAA